UCCAGGGUUGGAAUGGAAAUGCUAAUUUAAAAGGUCAAGCGGAGCUGCGCCUCACGUUUUUGGCGUCCGUGUGCUCCGUGCGGGCGGAACGAACAAAGACCCGGCCAGAGAAGCCAGACGCCCAGAUCCCUCUCGCUGCGUUUCCCCAAAAUAGUUCUGGAAUCAUGCCUGAAAUGCCGGAGGCCAUGGAGCAGGAGGAAGUGAACAUCCCUAGCCGGCNGGUUCUCAUUACUGGUGCCACCGGGCUUCUUGGCAGAGCAGUUUACAAAGAGUUUCAGCAGAGCAACUGGCACGCCAUUGGCUGUGGCUUUCGAAGAGCAAGACCAAAAUUCGAACAAGUGAACCUGUUGGAUUCUGAAGCUGUUCAUCACCUCAUUCAUGAUUUUCAGCCUCACGUCAUAGUGCAUUGUGCUGCAGAGAGAAGACCAGAUGUUGUUGAGAGUCAGCCAGAUGCUGCUUCCCAGCUGAAUGUGGGUGCCUCUGGGAACUUAGCGAAGGAGGCAGCUGCCAUUGGAGCAUUUCUCAUCUACAUUAGCUCAGAUUAUGUGUUUGAUGGCACAAAUCCCCCUUACACAGAAGAAGAUAUACCAAGUCCCCUGAAUCUAUAUGGGAAAACAAAAUUAGAUGGAGAAAAGGCGGUCCUGGAGAAUAAUUUAGGUAAGAUCCAGGAAAGUGCUGUGACUGUUAUGUUUGACAAGGUGCNGUUCAGCAACAAGUCAGCAAACAUGGACCAUUGGCAGCAGAGGUUCCCCACACAUGUGAAAGACGUAUCCUGUGUGUGCCGGCAGCUGGCAGAGAAGAGGAUGCUGGAUCCAUCCAUUAAGGGAACCUUUCACUGGUCUGGCAAUGAGCAGAUGACCAAGUAUGAAAUGGCGUGUGCAAUUGCAGAUGCCUUCAACCUCCCCAGCAGUCACUUAAGACCUAUUACUGACAGCCCUGUCAUAGGAGCACAGCGCCUCCAAAAUGCUCAGCUUGAUUGCUCCAAAUUGGAGACGUUGGGCAUUGGCCAGAGGACACCAUUUCGAAUUGGAAUCAAAGAAUCCCUCUGGCCUUUCCUCAUCGACAAGAGAUGGAGACAGACUGUCUUUCAUUAAGUUAUGUGUUGUGUAUUUUUUUAAAUGAAAAGUAUAGUAUGUGGCAUUUUUUCAAGAAUAAAGGAAAUAGUUUUGUAUGAGUACUCCUUAAUUGUGACCCAUGAUCCUUCAGGUAAAUGAUGCUGUUGCACUAGGGGAAUGUUGGACCGGCUGAGGGCAGUCAUGACUUUCUGUUGNUUGUUUUGUUCUGGCUUAUCUUGCUAUACAAGUAAUAUAAAUUAUGAUCCGUAAUGUCCGAGGGUGGGAUGGAACAGACUGUUAUACUUUGGAUGAAAUGCAUUGUUCAUUCCUACAGCUUCCUUUCUUGUCGUCGUUUUGUUUGUUGGCUCUUGUAUGUUGAUAUNUCAGUGUGUAUAGAAUCUCAUGAAAAUCAUCGGUGUUCGUUACUUGCUUUGCUUGAGCCCAGAUCAAAAUGCUUGGAGAAAAGAAACUUUAUUUUUGCNACUGUAAGUAUGGUUUUUAAACGCUUGAUUCUUUAAUGUGUUAUGUAUAUCAGAACCUGUAUAGCCCCGAUGCCUACUUCAUAGCACCGUGUGGCAAACACUUGAGAGAGUGCACGUGUGUGUAUUUUUUUAAUAUAAAUACAUAUAUAUGUCUCUUUCCUUCUAUCUUACUAAGUGAUGUUUCAUACAUGUGGUUAUAAUAAUGAGCCUUGUAAGUCUUUGACCACUUCUAAAUAAUAAUAAAUACUUGCUGGCAUGUAA